AUGAGACUCCCAAGUCUAUAUCUUUGGCCCUGCCUCGCGGCAAUCGCGUCGGCGCAAGCUCCUCUUUACGGGCAAUGCGGUGGUGUGAAUUGGACAGGACCGACUACCUGCGUGGCUGGUUCCUAUUGCCAAUACCAGAAUCAAUGGUAUUCCCAGUGUGUCCCAGGAGCAGCAUCGUCCUCAACUCUAGUGACCUCUAGAACUUCUACAACAUCUUCGACGAGCCGUGCUGCCACCUCGACGUCGACAACAUCAAGCCCGCCACCCACCGGUACUGGGUUUCCAAAAGCCAGCGGAACCAAGUUUACAAUUGACGGCGUGACAAAAUACUUUGCCGGAACUAAUUGCUAUUGGUGCAGCUUUUUGACCAACAAUGCUGAUGUUGACCUCGUUUUUGACCAUCUCAAGGAGUCAGGCAUUAAAAUUCUCCGAAUAUGGGGCUUUAACGAUGUGAACAGCAUCCCUGGAUCUGGAACUGUCUACUUCCAGUAUCUUUCGGCCUCUAGGUCGACCAUUAACACCGGGGCAGACGGUCUGCAGAGGCUCGACUACGUUGUGUCGGCAGCAACAAGCCGUGGGCUCAAACUCAUCAUCAACUUUGUGAACAACUGGGAUGACUACGGAGGCAUCAAGGCCUACACCAACGCUUUUGGAGGAACUCACCAGGGAUGGUACACAAAUACCGCAGCGCAGACGCAGUACUUGAAGUACGUCCAAACGCUGGUGAACCGUUAUAAGUCGAGCACGGGUAUCCUAGCAUGGGAGCUGGCCAAUGAGCCUCGCUGCCAGGAGUGCAGUACCGACGUGAUCCACCAGUGGGCAACUUCCACAUCUCAGUAUAUCAAGAGCUUAGAUCCCAACCACAUGGUGACACUCGGCGAUGAGGGGAUGGGUCUUGCUGGAGACACCAGUUAUCCCUACACGUUCUGGGAGGGAACCGAUUUCGCGAAACAUUUGACCAUUCCUACUCUUGAUUUUGGGACGUUCCAUUUAUAUCCAAAUUCCUGGGGCGUCUCCUACGAUUGGGGCAACCAAUGGGUCAAGGACCACGCAGCAGCUUGCGUUGCCGCCAACAAGCCUUAUGGCGCGCCUUCGGAUCACUGCACUAUUGAGCGGCCCUGGCAACUGACAUCCGUUGCUACAACAGGAAUGGCAGGUGACGCUUUCUGGCAGCUGGGUGAUACCAUCAGCACAGGACAGACGCAUAACGAUGGGAAUACCAUCUACUAUGGAAGCUCAGAUUGGCAGUGCCUGGUCACAGACCAUGUAGCCGCCAUCGGAUAA